CAUCUCUCCUCAAUUUCCUUACAUCGUUUCAGUAUUCUAUUUCCUUGUCCCAAAUCUUACUUCUGCCCAAGACGGGGUUAGUCCAGGUUCACAGCUUCAAAGUGAGGUAAUAGAGUCAAUGUCUCCUUCCAUUGCAAUCAGACUUGAAGAGGAAUUGAAGGAUGCAGGGCGUCGGUACCAGAAAGGAGUAAAACAGCUAUGUGCAGAUGGCAUUUCAAGAGUGCCAAACAAGUAUGUGUGGCCAGUUCAAGAACGACCAGUCAAUGACAAACUGAACUCAAGCAAAGCCAAGCUCGUAAGUUUGCCUGUCAUUGAUUUCGCCGAAUUGCAGGGCCCGAACAGGCCUGAAGCCCUCAAGUCGCUGGCCAAGGCAUGUGAACAGUACGGGUUUUUUCAGCUGGUGAAUCACAGUAUUCCUAGCGAAGUAAUAAGCAGCAUGGUUGAAGUGAGCAAGAGGUUCUUCGAGCUCCCGUACGAGGAAAGGGCAAGGUACAUGUCCUCCAAUAUGUUUGCGCCGGUGCGUUAUGGGACAAGCUUCAAUCAGAACAAGGACAAAGUAUUUUGCUGGAGAGAUUUCUUGAAGCUCACAUGCCACCCUCUGCCGGAUGUCCUUCCACAUUGGCCUUCUUCUCCUACCGACAUGAGGGAGUUGGCGGUUACCUACGCAAAAGAGGCCAAGCACUUGUUUCUAAAGCUAACGGAGGCCGUCUUGGAUAGCCUAGCCGUGAGGCUGAUGAGGGACCAAAUCAUGUCCGAGUUCGAAGAUGGAAGCCAGCUCAUGGUGGUGAACUGUUAUCCGCAAUGCCCCGAGCCAGACCUCACACUCGGAAUGCCGCCUCAUUCUGACUAUGGAUUCCUCACUCUCCUCCUCCAAGAUCAGGUCCAGGGCCUUCAAAUUCAGCACAAGGAUGAAUGGCACACCGUCCAACCGAUCCCGGAUGCUCUCAUCAUCAAUGUGGGCGACCACCUUGAGAUAUUCAGCAAUGGGAGGUACAAGAGUGUUUUACACCGAGUCACCGUAAAUUCGACUAAAUCCAGAAUAUCAGUCGCAUCCUUGCACAGUCUGCCUUCCAAAUGCACGGUCCGGCCCUUGCCGGAGCUUAUCGAUGACGAGGUGAGCCCGAAGCGGUACAUGGACACUGACUUCGCCAGUUUUCUAGCAUACAUCUCCUCCUGCGAGCCCAAGAAGAAAAAUUUCUUAGAGUCUAGGAAGUUGAUUUGACUGAGGUUCUACAAUCCAAGAGUUGAAAAGGAUAGAUGCAUUGUAUUGGCUUAUGUAGCAUCAAUUAUUAAUCAGUCAUUGGGUGAA